ACACAUAUGAACGAACUGUCAUCCUAUAUACCAAGAUUCAACUAGCCCUCUAAAGUCUAAACCAAAAAGAUGAGUCUACACUACUCGACUCUGAGAUAAGUCUACACUACUCUUAAAGGCAUCAUCGUCACUUUGAUCUCGCUAUCAAGCCGGAUUCAACUAGCCCUCUAAAGUCUAAACCAAAAAGAUUAUCAUUACAAUUAAUUUAAAUUUAAACUAAAGUUUACGCGUUGAGUAAGGCAACAAAGCUGUCCGUUUUUGUCUUACCUAUACUUACCUCCACUAUUUUUCUCUCCUCUUUAAUCAAUUCUCUGUUGGUCACAUUCUCUCUCCUCCAUUCUCUCUCCUCAAAAUAUCUCUGUUUUCAUCGGUUAGGGUUCUUCACCAAUUCUCAAGAUUGAGAAGAAAGCUAACUCUGAUCGAUGAAGAUCAAGGAGGGACGAUCACGUCUCUCCCUUCUCCUCCUCGCCCUCCUCCUCUUAUCCUUAUCUUCAUCAACCUCAGCUGCUGAUUACACUCCCACGGACAAGAUCCUCUUGAACUGUGGCGGCUCCUCUGAUCUAACCGACACGGAUAACCGGACAUGGAUCCCCGACGUCAAAUCUAAGUUCCUGUCUUCCUCCGGAGACUCCAAAACCUCUCCCGCCUCCACACAAGACCCUUCCGUCCCCCAAGUCCCUUACAUGACGGCCAGAAUCUUCCGAUCUCCCUUCACAUACUCCUUCUUCCCCUUAUCUUCAGGCCGUAAGUUCGUGCGUCUCUACUUCCACCCCAACUCAUACGACGGCCUCAACUCCACCACCUCCCUCUUCUCCGUCACCUCCGGUCCCUACACUCUCCUCAACAACUUCAGCGCCGCUCAAACAGCUCAGGCCCUCACUUACUCCUCCAUCGUCAAAGAGUUCGUCGUGAACGUUGAAGGCGGAGGAGCUUUGAACGUGACGUUCGCACCUGAAUCAACAACACCCAAUGCUUACGCCUUUGUGAACGGGAUCGAGGUGACUUCGAUGCCUGAUCUUUACAGCAGCACUGAUGGGACUCUGUCCCUCGUGGGAUCUUCCACUGCCAUCACUAUAGAUAACAGCACCGCUCUCGAGAAUAUCUACAGGCUCAACGUAGGAGGGAACGAUAUCUCUCCUUCCGAAGACACAGGUCUUUACAGGUCCUGGUACGACGACUCCCCUUACAUUUUCGCCGCGGGGAUCGGAGUCGUCGAGACCGCUGAUCCCAACAUGACCAUUAAGUACCCCAAAGGCACACCUACGUACAUUGCUCCUUCCGUUGUUUACUCCACGGCUAGAUCGAUGACUCCAUCCGCUCAGAUCAACCUCAACUCCAACCUGACUUGGGUUUUCACCAUCGACUCCGGCUUCAUUUACCUCGUAAGGCUUCAUUUCUGCGAGGUUCUUCCCAUGAUCACCAAGAUCAACCAGCGCGUGUUUACGAUCUACCUCAACAACCAAACGGCUGAGUCCGAAGCUGACGUUGCUGGCUGGACGGGCGGGAAUGGGAUUCCUUUUCAUAAAGAUUACGUCGUGAAUCCUCCUGAUGGUAAAGGACAGCAAGAUUUGUGGCUAGCUCUUCAUCCGAACACGAAGGGCAAACCGGAGUAUUACGAUGCUCUUCUUAAUGGUGUUGAGAUUUUCAAGAUGAAUGGUUCUGAUGGUAAUCUUGCCGGUCCUAAUCCUAUACCUGGUCCACAGGUAACUGCAGAUCCAUCCAGGGUCAUACGCCCUCGUGCUGGUCACUCCAAGAGCCAUACAGGUGUUGUUGUUGUCAGUGGUGUAGUUGUUUUAGCUCUUAUCGUUGGUUUAUGUGUGAUGAUGGUUGCUUACCGUAGACGCAAGGAUGGUGAAUACCAGCCUGCGAGUGAUGCAACAUCGGGGUGGCUUCCACUUUCUCUGUAUGGAAACUCGCAUUCCGGUGGCUCGGGGAAGACGAACACUACGGGAAGUCAUGCCUCGUCUCUUCCUUCGAACCUCUGUCGUCACUUCUCCUUUGCUGAGAUCCAAGCCGCUACUAAAAACUUUGAUGAGUCUAGGGUGCUCGGUGUUGGAGGUUUCGGCAAAGUGUACAGAGGAGAGAUCGAUGGUGGAGCUACAAAGGUAGCUAUCAAGAGAGGCAACCCUAUGUCUGAGCAAGGUGUGCAUGAGUUUCAGACAGAGAUCGAGAUGCUUUCGAAGCUUAGACAUCGCCACCUCGUGUCUUUGAUUGGAUACUGUGAAGAGAACUGCGAGAUGAUACUAGUGUAUGAUUACAUGGCUCAUGGGACUAUGAGAGAGCAUCUCUACAAGACUCAGAACUCUCCUCUUCCUUGGAAGCAACGUCUCGAGAUAUGCAUUGGUGCAGCACGUGGGUUGCACUAUCUACACACUGGUGCGAAACACACGAUCAUCCACAGAGAUGUGAAGACGACGAACAUUCUGCUCGAUGAGAAGUGGGUGGCUAAGGUCUCUGACUUCGGUCUGUCAAAGACCGGUCCUACACUUGACCACACGCACGUGAGCACGGUCGUGAAAGGAAGCUUCGGUUAUCUCGACCCAGAGUACUUCAGACGACAGCAACUGACUGAUAAAUCAGAUGUCUACUCCUUUGGUGUUGUUCUCUUCGAAGCCCUAUGCGCAAGGCCUGCCUUGAACCCGACGCUAGCGAAAGAACAAGUGAGCUUAGCUGAGUGGGCACCGUACUGCUACAAGAAAGGCAUGCUUGACCAGAUCGUUGAUCCGUAUCUCAAGGGCAAGAUCACACCGGAAUGUUUCAAGAAGUUUGCUGAAACCGCGAUGAAGUGUGUGCUAGACCAUGGCAUCGAGAGACCGUCGAUGGGAGAUGUUCUCUGGAACUUAGAGUUCGCGUUGCAGCUUCAGGAAAGCGCUGAGGAGAGUGGGAAAGGGAUAUGCAGUGAGAUGGACGUGGAUGAGAUUAAGUACGAUGAUGAUGACUGUAAAGGGAAGAGCAACAACGACAAGGGUUCUGAUGUGAGUGACUCUAGGAGCAGUGGAAUAGAUAUGAGUAUUGGUGGUAGGAGUUUGGCGAGUGAAGAUUCAGAUGGACUCACUCCAAGUGCUGUGUUUUCUCAGAUCAUGAAUCCUAAGGGACGUUAGAUAAAACACGGUGCAUUUCUACCUUUUCUAAACCAACCCCAUCAAAAGGAUGCUGGACCUGGUUCGUAUUAUUUAUAAAUAUUAUUCUCUUUGCUGUUAUUUAUAUAGAAUUUUGGAUUGUGUAUUUGAUACAAUCAUACAAUUACUACUUGCUACCACAAUUGCAAAGUGUAAAAAUUAUUUAUUUAAUUUUUCCUUUACAGAACAUGAUUCGGUUCA